AUGGGAGAGAGGGAGAGCAAAGGAGAGCAGAUCUUCGUUUGGCCACCUCUCAGAGCAAAGGAGAGGGGAUCUUCAUUUGGCCACCUCUCAGAGCAGAGGAGAUCUUCAUUUGGCCACCUCUCAGAGCAGAGAAGAUCUUCAUUUGGCCACCUCUCAGAGCAGAGGAGAUCUUCAUUUGGCCACCUCUCAGAGCAAAGGAGAGCAGAUCUUUGUUUGGCCACCUCUCAGAGCAGAGGAGAUCUUCAUUUGGCCACCUCUCAGAGCAAAGGAGAGGGGAUCUUCGUUUGGCCACCUCUCAGAGCAGAGGAGAUCUUCAUUUGGUCACCUCUCAGAGCAGAGGAGAUCUUUAUUUGGCCACCUCUCAGAGCAAAGGAGAUCUUCAUUUGGCCACCUCUCAGAACAAAGGAGAGCAGAUCUUCAUUUGGCCACCUCUCAGAGCAAAGAAGAGCAUAUCUUCAUUUGGCCACCUCUCAGAGCAAAGGAGAGCAGAUCUUCGUUUGGCCACCUCUCAGAGCAAAGGAGAGCAGAUCUUUGUUUGGCCACCUCUCAGAGCAAAGGAGAGCAGAUCUUCAUUUGGUCACCUCUCAGAACAAAGGAGAGCAGAUCUUCAUUUGCCGUUGUCUCUCUCUCUUCUCUCCCCAGAUGCAGCAGCUGUUCUACGAGAACUACGAGCCCAACAAGAAGGGAUACAUCCGCGACCUCCACAAUAGCAAGAUCCACCGGGCCAUCACCCUGCACCCCAACAAGAACCCGCCCUACCAGUACCGCCUGCACAGCUACAUGCUCAGCCGCAAGAUCGCCCAGCUCCGCCACCGCACCGUCCAGCUCCACCGUGAGAUCGUCCAGAUGUGCCGCUACGGGGCGGCCGAGCCCAGCCGAGAGGACCUGCAGCUGGGCAUGCCUCCAUCCUUCAUGAGGUUCCACCCUCGGCUCCGCGAGGAGGUCCUGGAGUGGGAGUUCCUGACGGGCAAGUACCUGUUCUCCUCGUCUGACGGCCAACCCCCCCGCCGGGGAAUGGACUCCUCCCAGCAUCUGGCCCUGGAUGACAUCAUCAUGCAGGUGAUGGAGAUGAUUAACGCCAACGCCAAGACGCGGGGACGAGUGAUCGACUUCAAGGAGAUCCAGUACGGCUACCGGCGGGUCAACCCCAUGUACGGGGCGGAGUACGUGCUGGACCUGUUGCUCCUCUACAAGAAGCAUAAAGGGAAGACCAUGACGGUGCCGGUGAGGAGACAUGCCUACCUCCAGCAGACCUUCAGCCAGAUCCAGUUCAGAGAGGAAGAGGAGAUGGACGACAAGGCUCUCGCCAGCAGCAUCAACCAGGACUCUGACUCCCUGUCCUUCCUCUCCAACUCCCUCAAGAUGUUCGUGCCCUUCAAGCUGUCCAGCUCUAGCCAGGACCAGAAGGAGCCGAAAGAGCCUAAGGUCAACAUACUGGUGCCGCUAUCCGGACGCUACGACAUCUUUGUCCGCUUCAUGACCAAUUUAGAACGGGUGUGCCUGAUCCCCAACCAGAACGUCAAGCUGCUCAUCCUCCUCUUCAGCACUGACAACAACACAGAGCGGGUCAAGCAGGUGGAGCUGAUGAGGGAGUACCACAUCAAGUACCCCCGUGCCGAGAUGGAGAUCCAGCCCGUGUCGGGCUCCUUCUCCCGGGCCUUGGCUCUGGAGGUGGGCUCGGCCCACUUCUCCAACGACUCGCUGCUCUUCUACUGCGACGUGGACCUGCUCUUCACAACAGACUUCCUCAAGAGGUGCCGGAGUAACACGGUCCUGGGGGAGCAGACCUACUUCCCCAUCAUCUUCAGUCAGUACGACCCCAAGGUGGUUUACGCCGGUAAGGUGCCCAGUGAGAACCACUAUGUGUUCACCGCCAAGACGGGUCUGUGGCGUCACUACGGCUUCGGCAUCGUCUGUGUUUACAAGGGCGACCUGGUCGGGGCCGGGGGCUUCGACACCUCCAUCCAAGGGUGGGGUUUGGAGGACGUGGACCUCUUUAACAAGUUUGUCCAAUCAGGGAUCCGGUUGUUCCGGAGCACGGACCCGGGGAUCAUACACGUUCACCAUCCAGUAGUGUGCGACCCCAACCUGGAGCCCAACCAGUACAAGAUGUGCCUGGGCUCCAAAGCCUCGUCGCACGGCUCGACACAGCAGCUGGCUGAACUGUGGCUCGAGAAGAACGACCACGGCUUCCGGAAGGUCGGUAGCUCAAAUAACGAAUCCCUCAGGACAGCGUGAGAAAGCACUCCGGCCAGGACUGACAAAAGCAGUAUGUGGAGUACCCCAGGCCUGGGUGUCUUUCCCUCUUCCCAUUUGUCUUAGCAGCAUUUUUAACUACCUAAUUUAUUUUUUACAGAAACAAAAAAGACUUGGAUAUAUUUUGGAAAUCUGCUUUUUUUAAAGAAAACACUUGAACGUUGAACUGACUGAGACAAACGUGACUGUAGAAGAUGUUUUCAUUAAUGCUGAAAAAUAAAGCAUCUCGAUGAGGAAUAUUCCUUUGGAUGAGCCGACCAUAACCCUGGACGCAAGAACAAUGUUCUCUGAUGUCUUAUUCUACCAGUCUAGUAAUAAAGACCAUUCUGUGUUAUUUGUACAGUAACCUUGUCUCAAGGUUGUUGCACAUAUAAGCCUGGGAUUUCAACAAUUCAAAGUUUGCCUUAGUGGGAGUGACCAUAGAAUUAUAUGGCAGUGACCUACUGAGUCAAGUACCUGUCAUCAUUUAAUUUGAGCAAAUCACACGACUGUGAGGCGUGUUAUGGGAGAUGAUUGGUUGGUAGAUUAAGCCAAUGCGCCAGGAGUUUCUCACAGUCAUUCUGUAUUGACUAACGAAGGCCAAGUUUGAUGCGUUGGUCCACCAGACUCUUCCCAUUUGGGCGAAAGUGUCUGGGAACUACAUGAUCUAUAAAGAGAGUAUGGGGGGGAUGUGGUGAUAUUUGGGGUUAUAUUAUGUGUACCUCAGUGAUGUGCAUGUACAAGCUCUUUAAAAGGUGUAGCGUUUGUCUUGUGCGUGGAGAAGAUGGGUGUUGUCAUCUUCACAGACCAGCAGUGCUCUAAAUGGAACUGUACUCUUGAUUGUGAAUGUUUACAGGAGGUUGAUAUGAACAAACAUUUCAUCAUUGAAGAAGGUUGACUUAGAUGAAAAGCAUUUGAAUUAAGACUAAAGGACCAUUUUGAUUCCUUUUGAUUUGUUUAUAAUACAGAAUAACACUGUUGUUUUUUUUCAAUUGAUUUUUAGAUUUUCUUUUAAUUUACUUCUGUGAACACAACUGCUGGAUUUAAUAUCUGCAAUUCAUCCUCCGCUGUCUAAUUUAUUGAAUUUGCAGUCUCCAUUCUGUGUUACCUGACUGUUGGAAUAUGUAUAUUAGAAACAUUGUAUACCUGUUGUUGGAUUGUUGUUUUUCCAUGUUCUUUUUGUUUCUCUCUCAAACUCAUCUGAUUACCAAAGAGGUUUUGCACAGUGUGUUUUAGGUGUUGUGUGUCAUGUUGUUUUCUAGGAGCUGCAGGCACAGACAUGACAUGUCCCGUAGAUGAAGAGGUCUAGUGAGUGAGGAAGCACCAUCCUGUCUCCAGCUCUUUGAUCUCAUGAGGAAUCUAAGGCCUCUAUCAAACUAGUCAUCCAGAUUUAGGAACAAAGGAAGGGGAACGUCAGGGAAUGCUGUGCUCCUUCAUAGAACUGGAAGGAAUUCUAAAUCAUUUUAGAACCCUUGGAGUGAAUUCCAGAACCUUCUCAGCACCCACUGGUACAAUGAAUUAGAAUAGAACUCUUAGAAUGAAAUCUGAUUUUAUACUGAACAAAAAUAUAAAUGCAACAAUUUCAAAGAUUUUACUGAGUUACAAUUCAUAUGAAGAAAUCAGUCAAUUUAAAUUAAUGAAUGAAUCUACGGAUUUCACAUGACUGGGAAUAUAGAUCUGUUGGUCAAAGACACCUUAAAAGAAAUGGGCCUCACAAUGGUCCUCAGGAUCUCGCCACGGUAUUUCUGUGCAUUCAAAUUGCCAUCAAUAAAAUGCAAUUGUGCUUGUUGUCCGUA